CCCCCCCCAUUUAAUUAUUUUAAACUUUCGUUAGUGCAAAUCGUUUGAGAGUCGUUAGAGAGAGUAUGAGAGAAAAGAAAAAUUGUUGGAGAGUAAUUAUUUUUUUGGCAAAAAUGAUUUUAUUUUUUGGUGUGAAGCUGGCCCCCAUUUUUUUAUCUCCUGGAAAAAUGGACUCAGACGUUUCAUUUUUUUUUAAUCGUUUGAGAGAGAUUGAGAGUGAAAGAAAAUCGUUCGAGAGUUGAUAUUUUAAUUGAUAUUAAAUGAUUUAUAAUUAGGUGAUUUCACCUAGGGUCCCUAGAACUGGGGCACUUGCGGUGUGCGCAGCGGGUAUGCGCAGUGCACUUGCGCAUGCUGUACAUGCAUGUGGGAUCAGCUGAUCAGCAGCUACAGGAGUCGACAAAUGAUAAACUGAUCAAUCAACAACAAACCUACAUUUUAUACUAAUAUAUUUUAACGUUUUCCAAGCAAGCUAUCGAUCAGAUAAAAUGAACUGCCGAACUGAACAAUCGCUACGAAAGAUUAAAAGUUUUAUCCCUUUUCACCAGCCAAGAUGCUGAGGAUCGAUUAAAAUCAGAUAUAAGGAACGAAAACAUAGGCGAAAAAUACUGGAGCAAAAUGCAGCAUUUGGUUCAAUGUGCACAAGUGGAGGUUCGUUUCAAAGUUCCUGAAUAUUUUAUCGCCGGAUACCAUCGUAAGAAAGGAAAAAAUUCGUACAAAUGAUCGAACUUGAUUUCCGAAUGACUGAAUCCUCGAUGAAAAUCUUCUGAUUUCACUUCCAAUUUCAAGUCACUGGGCAACCACGAAUUCGACGACGGGCCAAUGGGUUUGGUGCCGUUCAUACAAAACGCAACGUUCCCGAUAGUAACGGGGAACCUCGAUCUGCGGAAGGAGCCAGAGUUGGCAGUCUCGAAAUUGAAAAACAGUACGAUAUUGGAGGUGAGGGGAAAGCGGAUCGGCAUAAUGACGCCUGACACAAAGGUUAUAGCGGCAACAGGCAAGAUCGAAUUUUUCGACGAGGUGGAAUCGAUAAAACGCGAGGUCGCUAAAUUACGUGCUGCCAGUGUGAACAUCUUGAUCGCCGUUGGUCAUUAUCAAAUGGAGGGGCCAAGUUCACCGAGGUGACUUUUGUGGGGACAUGCCCCCAGCGUUAGUUCUGAAAUGCGCCGCCCGUAAGAACUGGACUUUUAUGUACGUCUGAAUUCGUUGGUUUGGCGUUCUUCAUUUUUUUUCGUCGUGUACGAGAGUAGAGAAAGAAAUACUCGAUAACACUCCAUAAUCAAGUCGAAAGCUGCAUCGUUUUCUUAAAUUAUUAAUAAAAGAAGAAUAACGAUGGAUGCUGAAUUAAUAUGGUUGAACAGAAAGUUGCAGGAUGCCGGUCAAGUAAAAAUUAGUAACAACGAGUUCAGUUUGUUAAGAAGCGACGAUGAAAGAUUUUCUUAUGCAUUAAGCUUAUUGGAAAAGUAUGACAUGACGCCGAAGAUCGAAAUUGAAGAAAAGAGUUCGAAGCUAUCGGCUUCUUACCGAAAAGCCGGUAACGACCUUUUCGUCUCGUCUAGUUCGAAGAGGAAAAGAAAUGAGAUAAUUGAGCUUUAUACAAAGUGUAUAGCGUACGCGGAGCCCAAUUCGUCGGAACUUCCUCUCGGAUACGGUAACCGUUCGGCAUUGUUGUAUGAAGCAAGGCUCUAUGAACAUUGUCUUCAAGACAUCGAGCGAGCACUAUCUCUUCAGUAUCCACAACAUCUCCGGCCUGAAUUAUUCGACAAAGUAAACAGAGAAAUUAAAGAAAUACAAUUGAGUAUCGAGGCCACGAACUUGGAUGAAAGCACUAAAAAUAAAUAUCAUAAUGCUGCUGAACUAUUGAGGCAAAAAAAUGUUUAUCCGGCGCAAAGAAAAUUGUUUGAUGAAGCGAAACAUAAGCCUGUCACACCGAGUGAUAAUCCUGAACUCCCUGGUGUGUCUUCCGCCCUUGCAGUUGUCUAUGACCAAGAAUUCGGUCGCCACAUCCGAGCCACAAGAAAUAUUGAACCCGGGGAAGUCUUGAGUAUACAACAAGGCUACGCUACCAUCUUGGCACCUGAAAAUUUUUAUACUCACCGUUCAAACUGUCUUUGUCAGACUUGGUCUUCUGUUCCUUGUCAAAGAUGCCCCAGUGUCGUUUUUUGUGAUGAAAAAUGUCGCGACGAUGCCUGGAAACACCAUCAUGUUUUCGAAUGCUUUGUUAUCAGUGCUCUGCUCAAACUGGAAUUCAAUUUACUCGGUUUCAUGAGCCUGCGACUUGCUAUUCAGGCUCUCAAAGACUCUGGGAAUCCAAGGACAAAUGGAUUCACUGGUACACCUGCGAUCCUUGAUGAAAGAGAUUACUCAAUUGUUUACACCCUGGCGACAAACACUGAGCAAAGAUCUACGCCAGAUUUGUUUGGAAGGUGUCUCAACGCCGUUUACCUGACUUAUUGCCUUGGAAGGCUGACUGAUUUUUUUGGCCAAAAGUUCACCGGAGACAUAAAAUCCAUGCGGGAAAAUCCAUGGUCAAUUUUUGUCGGAGGACUCAUCACAAGACAUCAACAGAUUAUUCCAAGCAACGUGCACACCCGUGGGGCUACGCUUCAACCAUUCUUGAGUCUGUUCAAUCACUGUUGUGACUGCAUGGUGAACAGAGUCCAUUACGGGUCAAGUGUUGCUUUGUAUGCCGUAUACCCGAUCCAAGCUGGCGAGCAAGUGUUUGAUAAUUACGGAAGCCACUAUGCGAUGGAAAGUCUUUACACGAGAAAACGAAAGCUGCAACGACAGUUUUUCUUCGAAUGCCAGUGUCGACCUUGUCGAGAAGACUGGCCUGUGUUUACUAGAAUUCCAUCCUUACAGGAAAGCCACCUGAAUCGCCAGCAGUUGAUGAAAGUACAAAAGGUUCUGAAAAACUUCAAUAAGUACGUAGUAAUCGCGAUGGAUGGUAACGUCGAGGAUAAGCCCUACAUAGUCAAGGAUUUGACGCAAAUGAUAAAGACGUUGUUCGAUUACGUCGAUUUGCCUUGCCGAGAGAUCAACGAGAUCACUGAGACUCUCAAAAGAGUUUACGAUCUUUUAAGCAUAUGCUUUCAAUUUUUGGAAGAUUGAAUGAGGACUGAUGGAAAUUAUUUUUGAUAUUUGUCAGAAGCCUGAAAUAUUUUUAACUCUGUUGGACAUUCUUUCGUUACAAAGAUUUUUUUCAGUUUUAUUCAUACAAAAAUGAGCGGUGAUAAGAAUUGGAAUAUCGCAUAGUCCAGUUUUUGAAUAAAAAAACGAUUUCAACACUUUUCAAAUAUUUUCCUUGAGUAUAAAUCGAGAUAAUGAUUUUGAAGCCGCUUUUUAACAUUUGGCAAGUUCGUAGUAACGUGAAAAAUCACUUUUAUUGCAUUGAUUUUGAUAAAUUAAACAAAACCAUGAUUUCUGAUCGAUCAAAUAAAUUGAUAUGACAGCAGAGGUAA